AGAUAACUCGGUGGACUUGCUGUUAGCUAAACACGGCUAAAGAAAACCUGCUACCACUUCAGGAUCAUCCAUCAGCUGGGACUGAUUCAUCGUGUGUUCUUCACCACCUGGACCUGGACAGCAUGGACACAGGUGUGAAACAUCUGUAAACGCCACAUCUGGUGCAGGAAAAUGGCUGAACAGGGAGUGGGGACACACUUUGCCUUCUGCGGUUAUUUUCAACAGGUGGUUCUGGUUAAAUAAGAAGCUUCAGAAGAACAGAGCGCUCGUGUCAACCACCAGCACCUAGAUUUUCUCCACAAAAAGGAGGAACAGGAGAAACUCUGGUCUAAUAUGGAGGGAGAUUAUCUCCAUUUGAAUAAGGAGACUGAUGAUGCCAGGCUUCAGUCUUUUAGCCAAAAAACAAAUUUAAACAAACACACGAGAGUCCAGACAAAGCAGAAACAUUUUGCCUGUGAGCACUGUGGACAAAGGUUUCACCAAAAGACUAAUUUAACCACACACAUGAGCGUCCACACAGGAGAGAAGCCUUUUGCUUGUGAGCUCUGUGGAACGAGAUUUAGCCAAAAGACAAAUUUAAACAGACACAUGAAAGUCCACACAGGACAGAAACCCUUUCCUUGUGAGCUCUGUGGAAAGAAAUUUAGCUUAAAGUCAACUUUAAACAGACAUAUGAGUGUCCACACAGGACGGAAGCCUUUUGCUUGUGAGCUCUGUGGAAAAAGAUUUAGCCAUCAGACACAUUUAAACCGUCACAUGAGAGUCCACACUGGAGAGAAGCCCUUUCCUUGUGAGCUCUGUGGAACGAGAUUUAGCCGAAAGACACAUUUAAACCGUCACAUGAGAGUCCACACUGGAGAGAAGCCCUUUCCUUGUGAGCUCUGUGGACAAAGGUUUAGCCGAAAGUCAAAUUUAAACAUUCACUUGAGAGUCCACACUGGAGAGAAGCCUUUCGCUUGUGAGCUCUGUGGUAAUAGAUUUAGUGAAAAGGGAAGUUUAAACAGUCACAUGAGAGUCCACACUGGAGAGAAGCCCUUUCCUUGUGAGCUCUGUGGACAACAAUUUAGCCAAAAGACACAUUUAAACAGACACAUGAGAGUCCACACUGGAGAGAAGCCCUUUCCUUGUGAGCUCUGUGGACAAAGGUUUCACCAAAAGACUGAUUUAACUACACACAUGAGAGUCCACACAGGAGAUAAGCCCUUUCCUUGUGAGCUCUGUGGAACGAGAUUUAGCCGAAAGACAAAUUUAAACAGUCACAUGAGAGUCCACACAGGAGAGAAGCCUUUUCCUUGUGAGCUCUGUGGUAAUAGAUUUAGUGAAAAAAGAAGUUUAAACACACACAUGAAAGUCCACACUGGAGAGAAGCCUUUUGCCUGUGAGCUCUGUGGAAAGAAAUUUAGCUUAAAGACAACUUUAAACAGUCACAUGAGAGUCCACUUUGGACAGAAGCCUUUUGCUUGUGAGCUCUGUGUAAAAAGAUUUAGCCAAAAGACACAUUUAAACAGUCACAUGAGAGUCCACUUUGGACAGAAGCCUUUUGCUUGUGAGCUCUGUGUAAAAAGAUUUAGCCAAAAGACACAUUUAAACAAACACAUGAGAGUCCACACUGGCUUUUCGCCUGUGAGUUCGGUGGAAAAGAUUCACCCAAAAGAUCAGUUUAAAAGGUCACAGAAGAGUCCAUAAAGGACAGAAGCCUUUUGCUUGUGAGCUCUGUGGACGAAGAUUUCGCUGAAAGAAAACUUUAAACAAUCAUCUAAGCAUCCACUAGGGCUGAACGAUCUAUUGCAGGGGUCUCCAACGUUUUUUGGCCCGUGAGAGAAAACUUUAAACAAUCAUCUAAGCAUCCACUAGGGCUGAACGAUCUAUUGCAGGGGUCUCCAACGUUUUUUGGCCCGUGAGCUACUUUUACACAAUGAAGUACAGCAGAGUUACUGCCAUAUAACUUAUUUACAUUGAUACUUUCCAUGUGUGAAUGUGCUUAUGUUAAACAUGCUAUACUUACUAUAUUAGCAUGCACUGUACUCACAAGUUGAUUUCUCUGUAUUUCAGUACAUCAGUAUAUAUAUUUUAAAAGUAUAAGUAAACUAGUGACAUUCUGAAAACCAAAUUGAACAAAACAUAUUUAGUUUUUUAAACUAAUCGGAUACUUUCAGAUAAUGAAUAACAAAUCUACUUCAUGUGAAUGAUUUGAUAAUUUUUUUAGAAGGUUGGUAACAUAACUUUUUAAGCGCACAGGAACAGCUAACCUGUAAAGCUGAUGAUAUGUGAUAGGUAAUUUUAGAUUUAUCCCAUAUUACCUUAAAGGACGACACACAGAGAGAGAGAGAGAGAGAGAUUAUUUGUAAUGUCCAUGAAUCGUCAUGCGAGAGCUGGGCGCAGAAACCCCUCCAUGGUGCUAACCAGCCCCCCUCUUUUCCUGGGGAAAGCCUUCAGGUCACCAGCUCUGCAUGCCCCGGCAUCUCCACCAAAUGUUAGGUAAUUAAAUGUUAAGUGAUAUUUAAUCUCCAUAACCCUGAAACCUAAAAUCAACACACAUGACAACAAGGAAGACAUUUUACCCUGAGUCCCCAAAAUAAUGGAGAGGUAACGCGGGGAAAAACCUCCUCCAAGGCUUUUCCCCCGUCACUCCCAAAUCUCAGUUUCCCAGGGGCUUUAUUCACAAAGGAUGGAGGAGAAGACGGGCCUUCUCAGGUUACAGAGGUACAGAGGUUUCCUAGGAAAUCUACAAUCAACAUCCUUGCCUGCAAACAAGCUUCUCUGCUCAACCUUUCAUAAACAGCCACAGUUGGCAAACACAAGAGAUUCAUGAAGUGUUAAUGACACAAAAUGGGCAUCUUUUAGGCCUCAAAAAGGUACAAUUAUAAAAAUACCCAACAAUAUGUUAAAUAAAAUACAAGCUAAAUGUGAUGAAAACACAAAAGUCUAAAUAGUUUGAAUUGAAGUAAAAAAUGUAAAAUCAGAAAUAAGACUUGUUCCUGCUCUCCUGAUUUACUGAAUAAUUUUUAUGGGUUUUUUUUUUUUUUUUUGGUCAUGAAAGUUAAGUUUUGCUGCGUUUAUUGCUGACAAUAUGAAGGUUGGAGGUUUAUCCUUUUUUCUGCAUCUUGUAGGUUUUUUUCUCCGCACGUCUCUAAAUAAAGUAAAAUUUUCUAGUGCA